GCCGUACCACACGGGAGCGCAGUUUUAGAAUGGUGUCACAGGAUCGUUGGGCGGAAGCAAUGUCCGACUCCGGGUACGAUUCGCGCACGGACGGCAACGGUGCGUCCAGCUCGUGCAACAACUCGCUCAACCCGCGGACACCGCCGAACUGCGCCCGUUGCCGCAACCACGGUCUGAAGAUAGGGCUGAAGGGUCACAAGCGCUACUGCAAGUAUCGCACCUGCCACUGCGAGAAAUGCUGCCUGACCGCCGAGCGACAGCGUGUGAUGGCGCUGCAGACGGCGCUGCGGCGCGCCCAGACCCAGGACGAGCAGCGGGCGCUGAACGAGGGCGAGGUACCACCCGAGCCGGUAGCUAACAUUCACAUACCAAAGCUGUCAGAGCUGAAAGACCUGAAGCAUAAUAUGAUUCAUAAUUCUCAGACGAGAUCGUUUGAUUGCGACUCCUCCACCGGAUCGAUGGCGUCCGCACCGGGGACCUCCAGCGUGCCCCUGACGAUACACCGACGGUCGCCGGGAGUGCCGCACCAUGUCGCCGAGCCGCAGCAUCUUGGAGCUACUCAUUCGUGUGUUUCACCAGAACCUGUAAAUCUUCUACCUGACGAUGAGCUAGUGAAGCGGGCCCAGUGGCUGUUGGAGAAGCUCGGUUACCCGUGGGAGAUGAUGCCACUGAUGUACGUCAUACUGAAGAGCGCCGAUGGCGAUGUACAAAAAGCACACCAGCGGAUCGACGAAGGUAAACGAACGAUUAAGACGUACGAAGCGCUGGUGAAAUCGUCGCUGGACCCUAACAACGAUCGUUUGACGGAGGAUGACGAAGACGAGAACAUAUCAGUGACCCGCACCAACUCCACCAUUCGAUCGCGGUCCAGCUCACUGUCGCGGUCGCGAUCGUGCUCGCGCCAGGCCGAAACACCGCGUGCCGACGAUCGGGCCCUGAACCUUGACACCAAAUCGAAACCCUCCACCAGCAGUAGCAGUGGCACCGGCUGUGAUCGAGACGACGGCGACUGUAUCGCGUUCGAUGACAGUGCGUCCGUGGUAAGGGCGACACACGCGUCACGAGCGGCAACGCGCGUAAGCAGAGGUCGUUCCCGUAGCCAAACGAAACGGUACACCCAGACGGUGGAAAGUACCAACGCAACUAACCGAUCACCCGCGCCCGAUGAGGAGCCCGCCGUGUACAAGAGUCUCGCGGAGGCGGCGAGCAAGAUGGCGCGUUCGUUCAUCCCUGCCCGGGAGCCGGAAGAUUUGCACACCCGGCACAAAUCACCGGACCGGGAGGACAACCCUAGCCAACCGUACGAAGCGUACCUGGAGUCUGUGCGGCGGAGUAAAAAGUCCUUCACAAUCAAGGACCAAGGUGUGGCUGAAUCGUCCGAGGAGUGUUACGACAAGGAGAAGGAACAGCGCAUACCGUACUCGUUGCCCAAGAGCACGUUCGAUCCGCUGGACCUGCUGAAGAAACCGAACGGGCUGCCGUUCCCGAUGUACAAGUAUAACGAACUUGAGGCAAACAACUUCGCGUUACCAUUGCUGUUGCCAGGGCUGGAAGCGGUCAAUCGGACGCUUUACACGACCCACUUCCCGUCGCAGCUUCUGCCGUCCAGUCUGUAUCCGCCCGUUAGUAGCGAGUCCACAACCGUACCGAUGUUCCACUCCCACUUCUUGAGCUACCAGCCUUCGUUGCAGCUGUCCCACGUGGAGCCCUUCUAUCGGAAAGAGCAACAGCAGCAGCAACAGCAACAGACAUUAGUUGAACCAAAGGAACAGACGUCUUCGUCUUCGCCCAGCAGCAACCGCUUAACGCCACCCAAGGGUGCAUUUUUCUACGCGAGUGCGGUGGAAAAUUCGCUCACUGCUCAUCAGGCUUCAAUUGCUACCAUCCAUUAGAUUGCACCGCCAUUUCCGAGCUGGUGCAAGAGUGCAGUAUCCGGCCGUUCGAAAAGAUCGAACGAUUGGAGCCACCGCCCGACAGCAAAUCAUUCGUAAGCCGAUAGAUGCUACCCCUAGUCUUGGCUGUUACUGGAGCUUCGCGGGUCUCAAGUUCCGUUCCUUAGCAAUGCA